GACAAGAUCUUCGGCCUGAAGAACAAGAACACGAGCAAGCACGCGCAGGACUUCGUGAAGGACGUGGAGAGGAACAUGAAAGUGUUACCCGGGGAGCAGCAGAAGGCGGAGGCGAAACGCCGAGAGAACGAGAAGCUGAAACUCGCCAAGAUUCAAGCGGAGAAGGAGCUCGAGGAGAUGAUGGGCGAGCUCAUCAAGCAGCCCAAGGUGCCCGAGGGCGUGGACCCGAAGACGAUAGCGUGCGAGUUCUUCAAAAAAGGUCGGUGCGCGAAAGGGUGGCGCUGUAAGUUUUCCCACGAGAAGAAGAGCGCGCGCGCGGAGGCUGCGAAGGCGGACCUCUUCAUGGACCUCAGGGACGAGGAAACGAAAGCGAAAGACGCGGACGCGAUGGAGGACUGGGACCAGACGAAGCUCGAGUCCGUGGUGAGCGAGAAACACGGCGGGGAAAACCAAAACAACAAGACGAACAUCACGUGCCGGCACUUUCUCGAAGCCGUCGAGAAGAGGCUGUACGGGUGGUUCUGGGUCUGCCCGAACGGCGGGGACGAGUGCAAGUACCGGCACGCGCUCCCUCCCGGGUACGUCCUCAAGUCCCAGAUCGCGGCGAUGUUGGCGGAAGAGAAGGAGGCGCAACGGACGGAAGAAGAAAUGCUUGAGGAAGAGCGCGGGAAAAUGAGCGAAGGCACGCUCGUGACCGAGGCGCACUUCGCGAUUUGGAAAAAAGAACGCGACGCGAGGAGGAGAGAGUCCAUAGAAGCCGCGAAAGAGAAGAGGCACGCGGAGGGACGAUUAUCCGGCAGAGAACUGUGCGAGACCGGCGAGGACCCGUUCGCGGUGGACGACGAUGACCUCGAC